UUUGAGACAGUCGCUCGCUGGGAGUCUUGACUUUUCGCGGACAAAAGUUUGACAAAAUGUUAAAGUAUUUUUUAUAAAUCCUCUAUGAUGCAGUGAAACAUGGAUUAAAUUUUUCAUGCAUUAACUUUUAAACCUAGAUGAAAAUUUAUGUGCUGUUUAAACCUAAGCUGUACGAAAAUAAAUUGAACUGUUCGUGUAUUGUAGGUGUUUAUUACCAAUUCGUUAUUCAGAGCGUUGUAAUAAAAUAUUACAGUAACUACUUAACCUAUUAAACACAUGAAUGUGAAAUUAUUUUAUGUGAAAAUAAUAAAGCAAUAGUGUAAUGGAUGUGUCAAAAUAAUUGUAGAUCUAGUUCAAGUUUAUCUAUGAUGUUUUCUAAUGCCACUUUAAAGGAUUUUUUGGCCCUGGAAGGGUUGAAAGUGAACGGGACAGGCUUGAAUGGUACCUAUCAUUUUGGUGAAGAACUGGACAUAUUUUUUCAACCGGAAAAAGUGUUAAUAACUUUGUAUGUGCCGAUCAUAUUGCUGUCGUUUGUGGCGAACAUUCUGCUCAUAAUUGUUGCUGUGAAAUGCAAUUACACGAAAAGUGUGACGAACAUAUUUCUGGUCAACUUAUCGGCUGCAGACCUUCUGGUUACGGGCGUAUGCAUGCCCACACAGCUCAGCAAAGCCAUCACUGUGCUGUGGUUUUAUGGGGAAACUGCCUGCAAGAUUGUCAACUAUAUCCAAGGCGUGGCAGUAGCGGCCAGCGUGUUCACGCUGACGGCGAUGUCAGUGGACCGCUGGCUGUCGAUCUCCCCCGCGCCCCGCAUGCGCCCCCCCGGCAGGAAGCAAGCACUGCUUCUGCUUGCGUUGCUGUGGUGUGCUGCGGCCAUCAUUUUCAUACCGCUGCUCAUUGUGGCCAUGGUCAGGAAGGAGACCGUGCCGAUUAUAGCGAAGGCUUAUAAGAAUGUCUCGAUACAAACAAGAGACGUUCACUUUUGUACAGAAGAAUGGCCCAGUCCAGAGAGAAGGAAACAGUUUGGCACAUUCAGCUUCACUAUAGUUUACGCAAUUCCAGGGUCAAUAACUAUACUAUCAUAUGCAUGCAUGGGCCGUACGCUGUGCUCUGUCAGGCCACCCUUCGAUAUUGACGAGGGCAACGUCAGUAUGCAGCAGGGUCUAAGACUGAUGAAAGAGAGGAAGCGAGUGGCAUGGAUCCUGCUACUUCUCGCAGUGCUAUUCGCCCUCUGCUGGAUGCCAUACAAUAUCAUGCAGUUAUUGUUAGACAUCAACGCUGUCAACGCCAAGGACCUUAGCAUCUAUCUGCCUUACGCCUUAUUUAUUGGUCACGCCAAUUCAGCAAUCAAUCCAAUAGUGUACUGUCUGAUGACCAGGAACUUCCAGAGGUCAGCUCGCAAGCUCCUGUGCGGGAGAGGAGUGUGUCAACAAAAUAAAUUUACUUGGCGCUGCACACAAAAGCCAGACGGGUCCUCUAGUGAUUACGACCUCUACCACGAACCACACAAAAGGUGCUAUUUGCAGAUGAACAAUCUACGCCACAACGGCCACACCCACGGCGCAACCAUGCCUCGACAUGAGACUCGACAGACCACACAGCUCAGCCACGUGACCAGGUCUUCCAGGAGAACUGCGCCUGCGCAUGCUCUAUCAGCAGAAAUGCUGCAGAGGCACGGUCAUAUAGACUUCAAACGCUGAUGCUACCUCGCGCAUAGAUACGAUUAGGUAUCUGUGAAGUGUUAUAGACUGAAAAUGUGUAGGUAUUGGAUUGGUUUGAAGAUGAGUCAUGCUUAAGACUUGGAUACAGCGGCGCCUUUGAUGCCCUGUACCAACAUUAGUUGGAAGCCCUAAUUAAGGGUAAAGAUUUCUCACAAGAGACGCUGAACCCGGGAAAAAGAUAUUGAUUUAUCUUUUGUUAUUUCUGAAAUGAAAAAUCUGUAGACAGCGAUGUAGUUUUUUUAUUAUAUUAUUUUCCCGGGAAGCACGAGAUUAAGUGACAUUGUGGAUGAUAUUCUAUAUACACCGGGAGUCCCGUAUUUUUGAUGCGGCUACGCAGAUGCCUGGAUAUGGGGAUUAUGUAUGUAGUUUAACGCUCUGAAUGGUAUUAAAGUGAGAUAGAGGAACAAUUCCACCAAUGAAAAGUUAUAUUUAUAUUAUCGCGAAAUAGUUCGCCUAACUUUUGGGGGACUUUAUACAUUGCUGGUUUUUCAUUGCGGUAAAUAAAAGUACUGCUGUGAAUUACGCAAUGUUCGUGCAUUCGCGUCGGCAUCUAAGUUCGACGAUAGUGUGUAGCCGGCAUUACUGGGAUAUUUCAUUAACGCAUAAAUAGAAAAUGAUUUUGAAGAGGCGUAUACUUAUUUUAGGUAUUUACUUCUUUUUUUGAAAUGAAGUCAAGAAAAUUCUAAAAAGGUCUGUAAUUCAAAAUGUAAAAUGGUCCAAGAUUAAGUCUGAUGUAAUAAAGUUUGGUACAAUCGCUAGCAGAAGUAAUUUCUCUUUGAGCUAAGCUUUUUAUUUUUAGCUCUGUAGAACACUUUUGUUAGUGGGUAAUCUAAAUUACCUACUACUUACUGCAUUUUAUCAUAUCAAAAAUGAAAUUUUACGACAGAAGUUUAAUGUUUAAAAAACUCUUUGGACCAAAACGUGUAUACUUGUUUCUGUAAAAUAAAUGUAAAUAUGUAUGUUUUUAUAUUGGUGUACUAAUAAUAUUCUUAAUCUGAAUUCUUCGAAAAUCUUGAUUAAAAUGUGAUACAUGUAUUGUCUCUUGUUUAAUUUUGUCCAUUGAAUUUAAAAAAUAUGGAUAUAGUCUUGUCCCUGCUCUAGACAAUUCAUAUCUUCAUAUUCAUGCCGAAAGGAAGUAAAGCCUAAUAGCAAUUUGGGAAUGCUGUUGUUACUUAUUAAGGCAACAACAGCAUUUCCAAAUUGGGUUGACAUCAGGCAAAUGGCCGGCCGUGAAAGUAUAGGUGAAACCUCCAAAUAUUUUAAUUAACUAGGUACAUUUUUAGAUUGCAAGAUGAUUAAAUUAAUAUACUAAAUUUGGUACACGGGUAAAUUAUAACAUGUAUAGGAGUACAAUGUAUGUCGAAUCCUUCAUGGGAGCAAAGCCACAGGGCGCAGCUAGUAUGGUAUAAAAAGCCUUGAUAACCAAUAGGUAACUAUAUUCACACGGAGGGUUAACGUCAUUAUAGUCGUCCUGUCAAAUAUAAAAUAUACGAACAUGAGAACGAGAGAGGGUUAAUUCCAAAAUUUUCGAAAAUCAUGUACUUCGCGACAAGCUUUUAUGGUCAUAUAAAUUGUUUAUAAUGACGUUAUAAUUUGACAGUAAAAAUUUUAAAGGAAAAUUGUAAUGUCUU